CAAAACCCAAAACGCCACACCUCUCUCUCUCUCUCUCUCUCUCUCUCUCUCUCUCAAUGGGUUCUCUAGGGCGGAGGAACUCCAUCUCAUCGGUGGCCCCCACCAAGCUGGACCUCCCCAUGGGUUCGCUAGGGCGGAGGAACUCCAUAUCAUCGAUGGUCACCACCAAGCUGGACCUCCCAUCAAAGGCCCACCACCCGCAGAGCUCCAGCUUCCCGAUUGCCGGCGACAAGCGUUACCCAGCCGUCGAUUUCGAGCUUGUCGCCCUUACCAUCCGUCCCCUCUCCUACACCAGCCUCAAGGAUCUCAUCACGUCGUCCUCCUCCUCGCUAGGUGUUGGGCUCUGCCCCUCCUCUCCAGGCGUCGCCACCCACAGCUGCCACGACAUCUCCAUCCGCAAUCGCCUCGUCAAGCAGGCCGCCUGGGCCUACCUCCAGCCCAUGGCCGCCUCGCCGGACUCAGCCGGCCGCGACUUCUUCCGGCGCGUCUGGGUCAGGAUCUGCAGCCCCGGCCACUUCCGCAAUCCUGUCAGCGCUUGCCUCUCCUUCCUCAACCGUCACGUGAUACCCACCAUCGCUCGUGCCAUCGGCCGCCUGCUCGACGUCUUCCGCCCCGCCAGGAAAGCCUCUGCCGUCUUGUGACGGUGACGAUAUCGGUAACGGAGACGGGAGGCCGUCAGGGCUUGUGUAAUUAGACCGCUAGAUUCCGUUUCCGUUACAAAGAAAAUUUUACUAUUUAAUAUUCUGCACACGUUUUCCACCUUCUCAUCUUCUCUGCUUUUUUUUCUUUUUUCUUUUU